AUGGAGGGAAAAGGAAGGACAAGGGAAAGGAGCGGAUGGAAUGGAUUCAAAGCAAGGACAGUGGGAGCGAAUACGGAGAGGGAAGAGAUAGGUUUGGAGGAAGAGAUAGGUUUGGAGGAAGAGAUAGGUUUGGAGGAAGAGAUAGGUUUGGAGGAAGAGAUAGGUUUGGAGGAAGAGAUAGGUUUGGAGGAAGAGAUAGGUUUGGAGGAAGAGAUAGGUUUGGAGGAAGAGAUAGGUUUGGAGGAAGAGAUAGGUUUGGAGGAAGAGACAGGUUUGGAGGAAGAGAUAGGUUUGGAGGAAGAGACAGGUUUGGAGGAAGAGAUAGGUUUGGAGGAAGAGAUAGGUUUGGAGGAAGAGAUAGGUUUGGAGGAAGAGAUAGGUUUGGAGGAAGAGAUAGGUUUGGAGGAAGAGAUAGGUUUGGAGGAAGAGAUAGGUUUGGAGGAAGAGAUAGGUUUGGAGGAAGAGAUAGGUUUGGAGGAAGAGAUAGGUUUGGAGGAAGAGAUAGGUUUGGAGGAAGAGAUAGGUUUGGAGGAAGAGAUAGGUUUGGAGGAAGAGACAGGUUUGGAGGAAGAGAUAGGUUUGGAGGAAGAGACAGGUUUGGAGGAAGAGAUAGGUUUGGAGGAAGAGAUAGGUUUGGAGGAAGAGAUAGGUUUGGAGGAAGAGAUAGGUUUGGAGGAAGAGAUAGGUUUGGAGGAAGAGAUAGGUUUGGAGGAAGAGAUAGGUUUGGAGGAAGAGAUAGGUUUGGAGGAAGAGAUAGGUUUGGAGGAAGAGAUAGGUUUGGAGGAAGAGAUAGGUUUGGAGAAAGAGAUAGGUUUGGAGGAAGAGAUAGGUUUGGAGGAAGAGAUAGGUUUGGAGGAAGAGAUAGGUUUGGAGAAAGAGAUAGGUUUGGAGGAAGAGAUAGGUUUGGAGGAAGAGAUAGGUUUGGAGAAAGAGAUAGGUUUGGAGGAAGAGAUAGGUUUGGAGGAAGAGAUAGGUUUGGAGGAAGAGAUAGGUUUGGAGAAAGAGAUAGGUUUGGAGGAAGAGAUAGGUUUGGAGGAAGAGAUAGGUUUGGAGGAAGAGAUAGGUUUGGAGGAAGAGAUAGGUUUGGAGGAAGAGAUAGGUUUGGAGGAAGAGAUAGGUUUGGAGGAAGAGAUAGGUUUGGAGGAAGAGAUAGGUUUGGAGGAAGGACGGCACGGCCCUUGA